AUGCCGGUUGACUACAAACUUCGCAACCUUCGAAGAUUGUUCGGCAAUGCCAAUUUCUUGCGAGUAAAUGCAGACGGCGGAUCUGCGGGGAAACAUGCUUCUGGACGCCGUCGUGGCGAGGCUACUGGUGCUGCGGCGAGUGCUGAGGGAAAAGAGGAUGGUUCAGGGAAACGGGAGCGUCGCACAAAAGUACCUGGUGGUAUCCCACGAGCAUUCUUUUCAGAGCAACCACCUCGCCCUGUACGAAACAAGUCAGCAGGUGGGCAGCUCUUCACCACACAUCUGUUCGAGAAGCAAAAAAUGAAGCUUUACUAUGGUGCGAUGGGCGAUAAAAAGUUCAAGCGGUAUGUCGACGAAGCCAGAAACUGCCGCCGAAACACAGAUGCUAUGUUGCUGCGCCUUCUCGAAUUAAGGUUGGACACGUUUCUGUAUCGAACAGGUCUUGUAAAAACGCCAAUGCAAGGAAGGCAAUGGAUAAACCACGCUCAGAUCCUGGUCAACGGGCGCCCUGUGAAUAUGAAGGGCAAUCGCCUGCGACCCGGUGAUGUAGUGUCGGUCAGGGAUCGUCAUCAGGAACAUGCAUUGAAAGCCUCUCGCGAAGCCGCAGAACUUCGGGCGAAGUUGGGGUUGGGAGCGUCUUGGAUCCUGUCCGAUCCGGAUCCGGCGGGGAUGCUACCGUGGAUGGAAAUCGAUCGUUCAGGUUUGGCCGCAGUGCUCGUGCGGGAGCCGACAGAUGAUGAGGCCCGUGCUAUGGCCAGAGCGGCACUCUUUCCGUAUAUUCGUGACGCCAAGCUAAAUCCUCAUGCCGCGAUGCGAGCUUAUAGAUAG